AUGGACUACGCCAACCAGUACGAACAUGCUCCCCAAGAGCAUUACUACGAACCCCAGAGCUUCAGCCCCAUGACAAUGCCUUACAUGGACGGAAUGAACUCCUGCACUCCCGUCGACCCAAGGCUCCAGGUGUAUUCCCAACCGCAGUUCCAGGCAGCCUGGUCUAUCCACCAUCCAACCCACCAGAUCCAACAAUACAUGGGAGAGCCGCGAACUUCCUUCUUCAACCCCGGCCAAGUUCACGCUAUGCAGGACAUGAACCACACAGCUCAAAGCAUCUACCACCUCCCGCCCGCUUCACAAAGGCGACAAGACUCUCCCUGCUCCCAGACGUUGUCAAGCUGUCACUCCAACAGCCCUCCCACAGAAAGCGACGUUCUCCCGUCGACUCCCCCAGACUGCUCGGCCAUCUCUCCGAGUAUCCAACCCAAGCAGUACACCACCGACUGGGGCUCGCAGCAAUACCAGCUUCAAUCACUGCUUGGCAUGGGUUCGCAAAGCACUGCCUGCGUUAACCCCCACGAGGUUCUCUCCCAGGUGAUGUUUGAGAACGAAGUGGUACCUAUGGAAUCGAGCUCUGAGCAGGUAUUCGACUUCCGCACCGAGUCUGACGGCAUCACCACCGCCCACCCCAGCGCGUACCCCUCGCGACAAAUCACUCCUAUGCCUGUUAUUAAGCAGGAGGCCCAGGUCAAUGAGCAACCCUUUCAGAACACAUACCCUGACCCAGAGUAUGAGACCCCCGAGCGUUCGAUCAAGGUCGAGGUUUCUUCAUACGAAGAUGACGACAAGGAUCUGGACUUCAAGCCGAAGGCUUCCAGGAAGCGCACCCGCAACCCUACUGCCAAAGUCCCCUCCAGUUCUACACCCGAGAAGAAAAGGCCAAGGGUCAACAGCAAUGGUUCCAGCCACGCUACAAGGUUGAACCCGGCUGUUCCCUCUCGAGGUACCAGGAUUCUCUGCACCGAGUGCAAAACACAAUUCUCGGACGAGAGCACCUAUCAGAAGCAUAUGAAGCAGCACCAUACCCGACCCUUCGUCUGCGUCUUCAACUACGCCGGCUGCCCGUCAACGUUCGCCAGCAAGAACGAGUGGAAGCGCCAUGUGAGCUCGCAACAUUUGGCCCUGAACUACUGGCUCUGCACCCAGGAUGGCUGCUCAAAGACGACCAACCCGCCCAACUCUCGACGCUCUUCCUCUUCCUCAUGCUCCGUUACGCCGACACCACCUGCUCUUCCCAACGGCGCCAUCUUCAACCGUAAGGACCUUUACACACAGCACGUCCGCCGCAUGCACGUUCCCCCCAACGUCCGCAAGGUCCAGAAGCAGAAGAAGCCCACCCCCGAAUGGGACGAGCACCUCAAGGGCCUCCAAGCCGAAGCUGAGCAGACACGCUGCGAGCUCCCACGACAUAUGCGCUGCCCUGCCAUCGGUUGCAGUCACGAAUUCAACGGUCCGCAGGCGUGGGACGAGCGCAUGGAGCACGUCGCUCGCCACCUCGAGCGCGCCGCAGACGGCAAGGAGGAUGUCGUUCGUUUCGGCGGCAAGGGUGACUUAACACUCACCGAGUGGGCCUCGAGCGCGCAGGUCUACGUCGUCCGCAAGACAAACACACCCGAGGGAUGGGAGCUGAUCAACCCGCUCAAAGGCGAGGUAGGUCCUUCCUCAGGUAACGGCAAGCCAGGAAGUGGCACUGGCUACGCUGCCCCCUCUUCUUCUCCUUCCCUCAAGGAGAUUGUUGUAGCUGGCGGUUCCGACGAGGAUGCCGAGGGCGAGGACGAGGAAUGA